ACGCCGGGGCUGGGCAUCAAAAAAUUGAUACCGAUACCGGGUGAGUGUCGGUUGGUUCUGAAUGCAUAACGCAAGUAGGCACGCGCUGCGUCAACACUAUCACCAACGUCGUGCCCAACAGCCGUCUACAUCAACAAGUACGUUUCAGGGGCGAUGUGUGUGGUAAUAGCGCUUCAACAAAACAGCUGUCCGAAUAUCUGCAGGGUGCGUAGCGAUCGCACGAAAACAUUAUCAGAGUUGCUUUCGUCGGCGUGACAACAAUGCGGCAUUACUGUUCCACGCAUUUAUCGCACUGUGUCGCAUUUGUCGCCGCGAGCUGCACACUUAUCGAACCAAUCGCGUUUCAGUGCAACUCACAGCCCGCUCACGGUGGGAAGCCUCCGUAGCACUUCCUCCGAGCCAGCACCGUGAUGGACGACAAACUCCACAAAGCUCGCAAAGCGCGCCUUCGAACGAUCAUUCGUACCACGGUUAAAAUUCUGUAUCCGCUCCGAUACCUGCUGCUGAUCAUCACUACAGUGAUCUUGGUGCUGCUGUUUCGUCAGCAACAGCGGCAACAAGUAUUUGAGAGUGGCCUCGGACAUUUCGGCGAACACUUUAAAGAUGUUCCGUACAGGAAUCGUGUAACGGAGAAAAUUGACUAUCACAACUACGAGCAGAUCCAGAAUGAUUUGAAUCGUGUCGGUCCCGGGGAACAGGGCAAGCCGGCCACACUCAGCCCGGAAGAAAGUGACAGCGAACGGCGGAAAGAGCUGUACUAUCAGAACGGAUUUAACGCGCUGCUCAGUGAUAAGAUCAGCAUUAAUCGAUCGAUAGCCGAUUUGAGGCACCCCAGCUGCAAACUAAAGUCCUACCUGAGCCACCUACCAGUGGCAAGUGUUGUGGUGCCGUUCUAUGAAGAACACUGGAGUACCCUGCUCAGAACGGUGUACAGUGUGCUUAACCGAUCACCGCCCCAUCUGCUGAAAGAAGUCAUCAUCGUGGACGACGGAAGCACAAAGGAUUUUCUGCACGAAAAGCUCGAAGACUACGUGAAACGGCACCUUCCAAAGGUUAAACUUAUACGCCAACCGGAACGUACCGGACUGAUCAAGGCACGGCUGGCCGGUGCUCGGGUGGCCACCGGGGAGGUAAUCGUGUUUCUAGACUCGCACACCGAGGCCGGUUACAAUUGGUUACCUCCGCUGCUCGAGCCGAUAGCCGAAAACCCCAAAACAUGUGUCUGCCCGCUGAUCGAUGUCAUCAACGAUCAGACGUUUGACGUGCAUCCGCAGGACGAGGGUGGCCGGGGACUGUUUGACUGGACAUUCCACUACAAGCGCAUACUGCUCAAGAAUGAACACAGAAUCUCGCCCACGGAACCGUUCCCGAGCCCCGUUAUGGCCGGAGGACUGUUUGCGAUAGGGGCCGAUUUCUUCUGGGAGCUCGGUGGUUACGACGAGGAGCUUGACAUAUGGGGUGCGGAACAGUACGAGAUAAGCUUCAAAAUUUGGCAAUGUGGUGGACGUAUGCUGGAUGCACCUUGUUCGCGGUUUGGCCACAUAUAUCGCUCCUACAGCCCCUUUCCCAACUCGAGAAAGUAUGAUUUCAUCACGAGAAACCACAAACGUGUGGCGGAAAUUUGGAUGGACGAGUACAAACAGUACAUUUACGAUCGUGACCCGGAGCGUUACGCCAAAGCAGACGCUGGCGAUAUGAGUAAGAUGAAAGCGAUACGGGAGAGGCUUAACUGCAAACCAUUCAAAUGGUUCCUGGAGGAGGUUGCACCGGAGAUCAUUGAGCUGUACCCUCCGGUCGAGCCGGAACCGUUCGCGUCUGGUGCGAUUCAGAACAUGGCCGAUCCCAGCCUGUGCAUCGACACUAUGCAACGAGGCCUUGGAAAGCCCAUUGGAUUGUAUCCUUGCACUGACAAUCUUGCGACACCAACGAAUCGGAAUCAGUACUUUGUGCACAGCUGGCACCGGGACAUACAGCUCAAGCACGGUGAGGAGUGUUUUGAUGUGCCGGAUAAUAAGGCUCGCUCAAUGGUUACGGUGUUCACCUGCCAUAUAUGUCAUCGCAUCAACUACUCUCAGAAUUUACCGAAGACAAGCAUUAUCGUGCCAUUUUACGACGAACACUGGACCACGCUACUGCGCACCGUGUACAGCAUCAUACACCGGACACCGCCAGCCCUGCUCAAAGAGAUCAUCCUCGUCGACGACGGCAGCGUGAAGCAAUUCCUCAAGCAGCGUCUGGAUGAUUACGUAGCGAAGCAUCUGAAGCACCUGGUGCGUGUCAUUCAUCACCGCGAACGAAGCGGUCUCAUCACGGCUCGACUAACGGGAGCGAAGAUUGCCACCGGAGAGGUUUUGUUGUUCCUCGAUUCUCACGUCGAAGCCGGUAUCAACUGGCUUCCGCCUUUGCUGGAACCUAUCGCUCAAGACUAUCGCACCUGCGUGUGUCCCUUCAUAGAUGUAAUUAAAGACGAUACGUUCGCGUUUGUGGCCCAAGAUGAAGGAGCUCGCGGCGCCUUCGAUUGGAACAUGCUGUACAAACGGUUGCCACUGCGGCCGGAGGAUCAGGCUGACCCAACCAAACCUUUCCCCAGCCCGGUGAUGGCCGGUGGACUGUUUGCGAUAAGUGCACGAUUUUUCUGGGAGCUUGGAGGAUACGACGAACAGCUCGAAAUAUGGGGUGCCGAACAGUAUGAGCUAAGCUUCAAAAUAUGGAUGUGCGGCGGUCGCAUGUUCGAUGCUCCCUGUUCCAGAGUUGGCCACAUCUACCGCAGCUACUCGCCGUUCCCGAAUGCUAAACCUUAUGAUUUUGUAGCGAAAAAUCACAAACGCGUUGCGGAAGUGUGGAUGGAUGAGUAUAAAAAGUUCGUUUACGCGAGGGAUCCCACCAAGUACGAGAUCGAUGCGGGAGAUCUGUCCAAGAUGAAGCAGCUGCGCCGAAAGCUCAACUGUAAACCAUUCCGGUGGUUUAUGACGGAAGUAGCGCCAGAUUUGGUCGACCAUUACCCUACGGUCGAGCCGGAAGAUUUUGCCUCCGGCGCUAUACAAAAUGUAGCUUACGAGAAUCUCUGCCUGGAGGAGUAUGAUGGUUCCACCGGUGAAAAACGGAUCAUCCUAGCGUUGUGUGUCAAUAAUAAAUCCUUCCCGGAACGUACUGAGCAGCACUUUCGGAUGACCUGGCGUCGCGAUAUUAAAGCGGUGCGAUCCUCUCAGUGUGCCGAUGUGUUCCAUCAUUCGGUUGGUGCUGGAUUGCAGCUUUUCCCAUGCCACAACCAGCAGGGCAAUCAGAUGUUCCGGUAUGACGUGGACACCAAACAAAUCAUUGUUGGGAAAAGCAAGACGUUUUGUUUCGAAGCCGACGGGAAGAAUCGUAAGCUUAUACUUAACCACUGUAAUAGCAACGCAGAAUCUCAACGUUGGCGCAUGGGUCAAAUGAACGUGGAACGGCUCAAAAACUGGACGAAGUACGGAGCCAAAUUUCACAGCUAACCUUUAUUUUCCCAACCGAUCCCGGUAUAGCCCACACUGUACGACCUACCUUAUUAUUGCACCUUUGCGAUAGCAAUUUACCAAACACCGCUUAACAGUAAUAGCGAAUAAAAUGCAUCAGAAUCCCAAACGUA